AUGAGUCUGACCACCCAGUUAGACACGUUUGUCACCCGGCUCACCGAGGCCGGCUGUGGCAAAGGGGAGCCUAGUGGUGGUGAACCGGACUACCGUGAGGCGUAUGCCAUAUUCUCCGAGCUUUUGGACGUGAUUGAGGCGUUCAACGGCGCCGCCGAGUACCAACACUUUUUGACGGAAAUGGUGCCGAUAUUCCUCUCCAACCUCAAACGGGUGCCGGUGAGCUUCAACCUGGGCCUGCCCGAACACCGCUUGCGCAAUAUCAUCCUCGAAAUCAUCCAUAGGCUGAUCAUGAACGAGACGUUCGCCCCGUUUGCCGGCGACAUCUUGGACUGUUUACAGCUGAUCAUCGUCGAGGAGAACGAAGAGAACGGCGUGUUGUGCAUGAAAAUCAUCACCCUGCUCCACAAGGCGUUCAGAGAUAAGCUCAACGCUAAAAUCAAGCCGUUUUUCGAGAUCAUUUGCCAGAUAUACGACCAUGUCAACGACACAAUGAAGGAGGCGUUCGCCCAGCCGGAAACGAAACCGCUGCCACCGGAAGACGUCGAAGACAUGGACACAUUGGAUACCCCCAAGACCCACUUAAACCGCGCCAUGUACUCGUUUAAGACGUUGGCCGAGUGCCCCAUCACCAUGGUGCUGUUAUACCUGAGCUACAAGGAGCUGCUGUUGAUCCAGCUGCUGCUUCCCAUCUUCCUCCCCAAAGUGGUGAAUUUGCUCCAGGUGGAAGCCGACGCCCAGCGUGAGUGGCGCCAGAAAUCGCCCGACGGCGUGGUGACGCUGAUAUCGCCGGAAAUCACUAACCACCAGGCGUACCUGGACUUGGUGUUGGCCCAAGUGAAAGCGGCCCUGUUUUUGGCGUAUGUGUUCAUCCGUGACUAUAUCAAACACAUGCAAAACCUGCAAUGGAAGCAGCAAUUGGCCACCACCGUACCCGACGUCAUUCUCCGAUUACUCCAAGAUUGUCCCGCUGAGCUUCUGGUGGCGAGAAAGGAGUUGCUUCACGCCACUAAGCACAUCUUGCUGACGUCGUUCCGCACUAAUUUCAUCGCUAAGAUCGACUUGUUGUUCAACGAAAAUAUCCUUAUCGGCGAAGGGUUGACCCUGCACGAAACGUUGCGCCCGUUGGCGUACUCGAUUGUCGCCGAUUUCAUCCAUAAUGUCCGUGACGAGUUGCUGCCGAAGCAGAUCUGGCUGACGGUGGAGAUUUACUGUGGGUUGCUUAAGGACGACUCGCUCGCGUUGACGGUGCAGAUUAUGCUGGCGAAGUUGUUGCUCAAUCUCGUGGAAAAGAUUAUGGUGUUGCCGAAUAAAGUUGAGGGUCGUCAACUCUUUAUGAUCAUCAUCGAUGCCUACGCUAAGCGGUUUGAGAACUUGGCCCGCAAAUACCCUUACAUCAUCGCUCAGCAUCGUGAAUACGAACGUAAGAGUAAGCUGCGCCAAGAAGAGCUGAAGAAGGCAAUUGAACGGUACAAUAGUCUGAAGGCCAAGGAUCCUCUCGAGGAAGAAGCCGCUAAAGAUCUGGCCAAGCAAGAGGAAGAAGAGAACAAAAAUGACACUGAUGAAGUGGAAAAGUAUGUGUCUUUGUUCAACAUCGACCUGUAUUCACCUAUCGGCUACCACGUGCUGACGCUGGCGGGUAUCCUGGGAGCCCUGGCGCUGCUGGAUUUGCUUAAAGAUGUGCACUACUUCUACCGUAACUUGAUGCGGUUCCUCAAGCUGGUGAUUUUCGGUUUGAAACACUGUAACCCUGUGCCUCCCGAAGGCGGGGUUGCCCAGGCUAAGGACAUGGCGAAAUUGAUAUCAUUUGAAGAGACUAAUAUCUUCCGCAAUCUCUUCCGCGGCGGUAUCUCCUGCCUCCAGUUCUUCGCCGUGCAACGGCCCCAACACCGCCAGCCUAAGGACUUUGAUUUCAGCACCGGUGGUCCUAAUCUUCCCAUCACCCUGCUGAAAGAGGAGAAGGAUUUGAUGGAGAUCUUUGCCACCAUUUUCAUCCACAUCGAUCCGGCGCUGUUUAACGAAAUCGUCAACCACGAGCUUGACUUCUUGUACGAGCUGAUGCUUAAUAACGUGGCGUUGCUUCACCUCCCACAAUUCUUCCUCGCUCUGGAAGUCACUCUGGCCAACUUUAUGCUGAUAGUGAUUAAGUUCUUGAGGGACCAUUUGGCCGAUUUGGGUGAAGGUGACGUUGUCAAACUGAACAUUUUGAUCAGACUCUUUAAGCUUUGCUUUAUGCUGGUCAACUUGUUCCCCGCUACCAACGAAGCCGUGCUUCUUCCGCAUUUGACCGAGUUGAUCUUGGGUCUGCUUAAGCUUGCUACCCUGGCCGACGAGCCCAUCAUAUACAUGUUCCUCAUCCGGAUUCUUUUCCGCCUGAUUCUGGGGGGCCGGUUCGAGCAAUUCUACAAGGAGAUCAUGCCGAUUCUCCCGGUGUUGUUGGAGCUGUUGAAUAAGCUUAUUGCCAACCUGCGACGUCAGUAUGAACGUGACAUGUACGUGGAGCUUUGUCUCACGGUACCAGUGCGUUUACUCGUGCUUGUGCCUCACUUGCGCUACCUCACGCGCCCCUUAGUUUAUGCCCUUAAUGGUGGUCCUGAGCUUGUUAACCAAGGGUUACGGACAUUUGAGCUCUGCGUCGACAACUUCACUGCCGAGUACUUUGACCCGAUGAUCGAGCCGGUGAUUGACGAAAUCAUGGCGGCGUUGUGGAAACACUUGGAACCAGUUCCUUACCACCACCAACAUUCGCACACCGCCAUCCGCAUUCUUGGUAAGCUUGGUGGCCGCAACCACAAGCACUUCAAGCAAGUACUGAACCUCGCCGCCAUGGACGCGAUGCUGCAAGAGGUGAUGGCGACGUUCAAAGUGGCGGGCAUCCCUAAAGAAGUGCCGAUGCUGAUAACGCCGGGGGUGAAGCUGGCUCUCAAGUUGUUUGACGACCCUCGAGUCAAAUUGCAUUACCGUCUUUCCGCCUACCGCUACUUGGUGGCGAUUCUCCAGUUGUUCAUCGAUACCACUCCCAUUCCCGAAAAUUACGGAGCCCAGGUGGCGCAAUGGGUGGAUAAGUUGGGCGAGCCGGCGCCGGAGGAAGCCAAACAAUACCCCGCCUUGCCGCCAACCGAUUGCAAGGACCCAACCAAGCUUGAUUUGCAACAACAACUUUUCGCUAAGCUUUUGGAAGUGGUAUUCUCGCUGUUGCUGGUGCCCGAGCUUGUUGAAGAGCUGACUGCUUUGAUUGAGGGUUUGACUGACCACUUCUGCUUGUUGCACGUGCACACCGCUAUCAUUGAUAAGAUCAAGAAGGAGCGUCCGUUUUCGGUGCAAGAUCAAGAAGGUAAGGCGACCAUCUCCGAACAGGCCUACCUUGAUGCCAUCACCUAUGCGCUUUCGCACUGGAAUAAGACGGUCCGUGACGCGGGGAUGAAGGCGAUCCGCCAAGUGUGGGAUACCCUGGUGGUGUUGUUCAAGCUGCCGCAAGCGGCGUUGCUGUUCCCGUUGUUCCGCACGAUGUUCUAUCGGUUCACUCAUUGUUGCUACAACGAGUACUACCUGAACAAGCUUGGUGGGGUGUUAGGUCUUCAAGAGAUGUUCGAGCUGCUCGAUAUCCCUGCCGAAUGGUUCUUCUCCCGCCAGUUUGAGUUGGUGAGACUGGUAUUCUUUGUUCUCCGCGAUACUCCCGAAACUGCCCCUGCCGAAGUUUGUGAAGUGGCUGAGAAACUCGUGUUGAAAGUCCUCCACGAAUGCAACAAGUCCUUGCUGGAACUGGCGGUGCUCGAUAAGCCGUUUCAAACCAUCGUCGGGGCAUUGGUCUACGACCUUGCUCUGAGCAAUGAACGGGUUCGCCGCGUCGCUCAACAAGGGUUGCGGGAAAUUCAAGAUGCCACUGGGGUGGAGAUGGCCAAGUUCAUCGAGCCGUGUAAGCAUGUGCUCAUGACGCCUAUCUUCCGCAAGCCGUUGCGGGCGUUGCCGUUUCCCAUGCAAAUUGGUAACAUCGAUGCCAUUACCUUCUGUCUUGAGUUGCCCAACACCUUCCUUCAAUUUGGUGAUGAAUUGAACCGAUUAUUGCUGGAGGCGUUGGCGCUUGUGGAUGCUGAAGAUGAGCUGUUGGCGAACGUCCACCGGUUGUACGAGUACCGCACGGCUCACCAGUUGAUCGAGUUGAGAGUGGUGUGCAUUCGUCUCUUGCUGUUGGCCCUCACUAAGCCUGACUUCACGCUUGGGUCGCUGCCUGAGGCUCGUAUUCGGAUUUUGGGUGUGUUUUUCAAGGCCCUUUGCAACAAGAGUACCGAGAUUAUCAACGCUGCCCACAAAGGUCUUAAAGCCCUGCUUCAGGAGAACGCCCGUUUGCCUAAGGAACUCUUGCAAAAGGGGUUACGUCCGAUGUUGAUGAACUUGAGUGACCACAAGAAGUUGACAGUGCUGGGCCUCGAGGCGUUGGCGCGGUUGCUUGAGUUGUUGAUCUCUUACUUCAGAGUGGAGAUUGGUCGCAAGUUGUUGGAUCACUUAAUGGCGUGGGCGCAAAUCAACACCUUGCGUCUGAUUGCCGGCCAAGACUUGGAGAAUAACGAGACGGUUAAGAUCGUUAUGGCCAUCCUCAACAUCUUCCACUUGCUUCCCGCGCGGGCAUUUACGUUUAUGGUGGAAAUCAUCAAUACCCUCCAGUACCUCGAAGGCCACUUAGACCGUCACCAGUACCUGCCGUUCCGCAAGCCCGUGGCUAAGUUUUUGAACCGUUUCGCUGAAAACACCAUGGAGUACUACACCACCCACUUCAGCAACCGUAAAUUGGGCAACAUGUUGGCUCAGAUCACGGGUAUGCCUGAGUGUGACAACAUUCGGGUCCACGCUAAGGAGAAGUUGGGUGACUUGAUGACUGAGUUGGAACUGGAGCUGAACGAUGAGGUCAAAGCGGUUAAGUACGCGAACUUUGUCGACUUGUUGAUUGCGAUUGUCCCCCACGAUGCCGAGUGGUUCUCGCUCCAACGGCCUAUGCUUGUGAAGCUCUUGAAGAUGGUCCCCGAGAUGCGCAAAAUCAAACAGGAGGCGGCGCUCGUGCUGAGCGUCCACUUCCAGUUGGACCAAGCCGUCACCAAGUUGUUGGAGAUUGUGGUGCAAUUUAUGACGGCGCAAAAGGGCGACUUUGAAUUGCUUGUGACUGUGGUUGAUUCCGGUAUGCUUGUGCAAGGCAAAGUACCCCCGUUGCUUGAGGACUACGUGUGGAACGAAAUUGUGGCUCUGAGUGAUGCUGAUCAGCAGAAGAAGUACCUCAGUGAAGUCGUGAAAUACGUGGCGUCAGUGGACCCUGAACAAGAAGUGCUCUCUACUAAAGUGUUCCUUUUCCGCUACGUGUUUAACGCCAUCCUUCUUCGUCAUGGCGCUUUGGAAGACAACUUGGAUGCCGUCACUGGCGACUGGAUUGAAGCGGUGCACAAGACGAUCUGGCUGUCUAACCGUGAUAUCAUCAACGACCACAGCUCCGGCAAGCUGGACCAAUACCGGUACGUGUUGUUGGAAACGACGGCGAUCUUGUUGAAGUGGUGCCCCGAUAAGCUUGAGCUGAUGCGUAAGGAUGUGAUCAAGUUCUCCUGGAACUACUUGCGCCUCGAGGACCAAAUCACUAAGCAGGUCGCUUAUGUGACUACUGCGUUGUUCAUUAGCCACUUCGAUACUCCCAUCAAGUUGGUUACUCAAGUGUUUGUGGCAUUGCUUAAAACUCACCACACGGAAGUGAGACAAUUGGUUCGUCAAGCAUUGGACAUUUUGGCGCCGGUGAUGACCAAGCGCACUGACGAUGACCAGCUGUGGCUCCGUUGGCCGCGUCGGGUGCUUCUGGAGGAUGGUUUCAACGUAACUAAUGUUCUCAAUGUCUACCAGUUCAUUGUCCACCACCCGGACUUGUUCUUCCCUGCUCGUGAGCACUUUAUCGGUAAUAUGAUCACGGCGAUGGGUAAGUUGACGAUCCAAGUGAACCCCGUCAUUGAAAACCAGGUGUUGGCGAUUGAAUUGCUGGAGUUGAUUCUCAAGUGGGAAAACAAGGCUAAGGAAGAACAAGCGAUGGAAGUUGACGGUGACUUUGUCACUAGCCAAGGCUACACCAUCCCACUUGGCCAACGUGAAGCCUGUGUCACCUUCCUCGUUCGUUACGUGUGUAUUCUGCCGCAACGGGCCCUGGAGCUGGAGUUGGGUCAAAAGGCGUUGGGCAUUCUCCACGACUUGCUUUCCCCCGCACACUGGCCGCUGGUGCAAGUGAAGUUGACGUUCUUCGAAAAGUUUUUGUUGCUGAAUGACUUGAACGCGGCUAAUUUCUUGGGCUACUGUCUUAACGCCCUCGAAGUGUUGGGCGUGGUGUUGGAAUGGAAACUGGCCCAAUGGAUCGUCACUAACUUGGCCUACUUGCACAAGCUUUUGGAGAAGUGUAUUAAGCUGGACAACACCGAUAUUCAGGAUGUAUUGCAACGGGUGCUUCGAAUCAUAUUGCUGGCGAUAAACGAGGUCAACGGAUCUUCGGGUGAAGAAAAUGGCGGUGCUGAAGAGGACGACGACACUAAGGAGUUCAUCAAUCUUCUUCACUCGACGGUGGCUGAAGAUCUUGGCGAAAUGACGCUGACGGCUGCCGGGGUGACGUUGCUGUGGACGUUAGCCAACUACCGUCCCGCGGCAUUGGACGAUUUGAUGCCGCUGGUUAUGAAGACGUUCUCCAAGUUGUGCAAGGACCACAUUACUAUCACUCAUCAAGGUAAUGCGCCGCUGGGGUCUGGUUCUCGUAACGGGAAUUCAUCUAGUGGAGGCAAUGCCACCAACGGCCUGCUGGGUCCUCUGGCAGAAUACGAAGCGCAAAUGACGACGAAGCUUUUGGAAAAGAUGUUGUACUUGCUGGCCAUGAGAAUUUCUACCCUUGGAGACCAACGUCGGACUUUCUUGGUCCUCUUGGGUCAACUUAUCGAACGGCUGUUGGAUAAAGAUACCCUCGAAAAGAUCAUUCGCAUCGUCAAAGGGUGGGUGUUUGACCGUACUGACUUGUUCCCCACCACUAAGGAAAAAGCGGUGAUCUUGGGUAAGAUGAUGGUGUUCGAAGUGAGAGGUGAACCGGCAUUGCUGAAAGAAUUCUACCAAAUCAUCAUCGACAUCUUUGAGGACGACGCCUUUAGUUGCACUGAGCUCACCGUGAGAAUGGAGCAACCGUUCUUGGUCGGUACGCGUCUGGCCGAUGUGGAAAUCCGUCGUAAGUUGAUGAGCAUUUUGAACAACCUGUUGGAGUCUGACAUCGCUAAGCGGCUCUAUUACAUUGUUCGUCAACAAAACUGGGAGUACCUCGCCGACUACCCGUGGCUUAACCAGGCGAUUCAGUUGUUGUUUGGCCUGUUUGACUUGGAUAGCCCCGUUAAGUUGCACCAGGCCCAUCAAACGGCCCCGCUCACCCUGUUUCCUUACAAGGGGAGCGGUGAUGACGACGAAGAGCACAUGGAAGUGGAGAACACCGACGAGAUGACGGCGCUUUUCGCUAAGCACAAUAAGUGGUUGGCUAACGUUGAUCUGCUUGAGGCCCACCAGCUUAUUGACCCGCUCAUCGACACUUUCUACCAGCUGCCUGAGUGUGUCUACAGCGCCUGGGCUCAAGUGUUCCCGCUUGCGUUCUCGGCGGUGCCUCGUGGUGAACACCUCGACUUCACCCGAGCCCUUGUGGUGCUUUUGCUGAAGGACUACCACACGCGUCAAAUCGACAUGAGACCUAACGUCAUCCAGAUGCUUUUGGAAGGGGUGAGACGUUGCGAAGAUCUCGAGUUGCCGCCGUUUGCCGUUGAGUGUUUGGGUGCUAACUUCGAUGCCUGGACGCAAGCGAUGGCGAUGUUGGAAGCCACCCAAGACGCUAACCACUCGCUGGCAGAUGUACGUGAAGUGACGAUGGACGCGUUGGCUAAGCUUUACGCCAGUUUGAGAGAAGACGAUAUGCUUUACGGGCUCUGGCGUCGCCGGGCUAAGUACCAGGAAACAAUUCUGGCAUUGCUGUAUGAACAAAUUGGUAUGUGGGACCGUGCUCUCCGGCUUUACGAAAACGCUCAAGUCAAAGCCCGCUCGGGGGCGUUGCCAUACCUGGAAUCUGAAUACGCGUUAUGGGAAGACCACUGGAUCUACUGUGCCGAGAAAUUGCAACACUGGGACAUUUUGACCGACUUGGCUCGUCACGAAGGGUUUAGUGACCUUUUGCUUGAAUGUGGUUGGAGAGUGGCUGACUGGAACAACGACCGUGACACCCUUGAACAGACGGUGAAGAAUGUCAUGGAUGUGCCCACUCCUCGUCGCCAAGUGUUUGAAACCUUCUUGUGUCUUCAAGGGUUUGCUCAAGAGAAAUACACCAUUGCCGAGCUUACCCGCUACUGUGACGAGGGUAUUCAACUUGCUUUGCGUAAAUGGCAUGGUCUCCCCGCUCGUUUCCACGCGGCUCACAUUCCUCUCUUGCACACUUUCCAGCAGUACGUUGAAUUUAUGGAAGCACUGCAAGUGUACACGCUGCUUUUGACCACCAAUGCCCAGAACUUAGAUGUGAAGUCGCAAGAACUUAAACGGGUGCUUCAAGUGUGGCGUGAACGUUUGCCUAACACUUGGGAUGACAUCAAUAUGUGGAAUGAUUUGGUCACCUGGCGCCAGCACGCCUUCCAGGUGAUUAACAAGGUGUACAUGCCGUUUAUCCCCAUGCUCCAACAGCUGAACUCGCUGGGUACGGCGAACCUGUACGCUUACCGCGGGUUCCACGAAAUUGCCUGGGUGAUCAACCGGUUUGCUCACGUCGCCCGCAAGCACCAUAUGCCCGAUGUGUGUAUUAAGGAGCUUUCCCGCAUCUACCAGUUGCCGAAUAUUGAGAUCCACGAAGCCUUCCUUAAGCUUAAGGAGCAGGUGAAGUGUCACUACCACAACCCUGCGGAACUCAAUACUGGGUUGGACGUGAUUUCUAACACGAACCUCGUGUUCUUCACCACCCAGCAAAAGGCGGAAUUCUUUACGUUGAAGGGGAUGUUCCUUAAUAAGAUGAACCAGAAGGAUGAGGCUAACAAGGCGUUUGCCACCUCGGUGCAAAUCGACUUGAACCUUCCUAAGGCGUGGGCUGAAUGGGGGACGUUCAACGAUAAGCGGUUCAAGGAAAACCAGAACGAUAUGGUGUACGCUAACAACGCCAUUUCGUGCUACUUGCAAGCUGCUGGGUUGUACAAGAACGGCAAGACGCGUAAGUUGUUGGCGCGCAUUUUGUGGCUCAUUUCGUUGGAUGAUGAGCUGGGGACGUUGGCGCGGGCGUUUGACGACUUUAAGGGUGAAGUGCCGGUGUGGUACUGGAUCACGUUCAUCCCGCAAUUGCUUACCGCUUUGGGCUAUAAGGAAGCGAAGUUGACCCGCCAAGUGUUGAUGCGCAUCGCCAAGCUGUACCCUCAAGCGUUACACUUCCAAUUGCGGACGACGAAGGAAGACUUGACGGCUCAACAGCGUCAAAUUGCCGACAAGAAGCGUGACGAAGCCCCCGCUCAACAAUUGGCGUCGACGCUUGAACACGUGGAUGAAAUCAUGGGCAUCCUCAAGACGGCGUACCCGUUGCUUGCCCUUCUGCUUGAGCUGAUCGUCGACCAAAUUAACCAACGGUUCAAGUGUACUGCUGAUGAAGACGCUUACCGGUUGGGGGUGGCGUUGCUUAAUGACGGGAUUCAAUUCCUUAACCGCAGCGGUAACCCCUGGGACGAUACUAAGUUGCCCCCUGUCACCGAAGCCAACAUCACUCGCUUUGCUGAAACCGUGCUUCCCAAACAGAUCCGGGCUGAAUUUAAGAAGGAUCUUGUCGCCAACAAGCCGAACUUGGAGACCUACAUCAUCAAGUUGCGCCACUGGCGGGACCGCUUUGAGGAUAAGCUUGACCGUCGUCUGCGCCAGGUGCUGCUUGAAAACUUGUGUCCUCACUUGGUGGAAUUCCACCACCAGAAGUUCGAGGAAAUUGAAGUGCCUGGCCAAUACUUGCUCAAUAAGGACAACAACAACCACUUCGUCAAGAUUGAGCGGUUUUUGCCGACGGUGGACUUGGCUCGUGGCACCACUGCUUGCUAUAAGCGGUUGAGAAUUCGUGGCCACGAUGGCACGUUGCACACGUUUGCCGUCCAAUUCCCCGCUGCCCGUCACUGUCGUCGCGAGGAGCUGAUCUUCCAGUUGUUCCGUAUCUUUGGUGAUGCCCUUAACGCGCUGGUGGAGACGAGACGCCGCAACAUCUCGUUCUCGAUGCCGGUGGCGGUGCCGUUGCUGCCUCAUAUUCGCAUCAUGAAGGACGAUGAGCGCAACAUCACCAUGCAAAAGAUCUAUGAAGACUGGUGUCGUGCCAACGGCAAGCUGAGAGACGAGCCGUUCGUCUAUACUAUUGACAAAUUGCGGGCUGCCUACGACCAGAGAUUGCCUAAACCGGAUAUGAUGCUGAUCCGGGUGGAGAUUUUGGGGGCGAUCCAGCUGUUGCUCGUGCCGCUGACGGUGUUGAAGGACUACUUCGUCAACUUGUACCCUCAAUUUGAGGACUUCUGGUUGUUCCGCAAGCAGUUUACCGCGCAGUACGCCCUGUUCAUCUUCACCACCUACAUGAUGUUUAUCAAUGCCCGCCAACCGCAAAAGAUCCACGUCAACCAGAGCCUGGGUACGGUGUGGACGCUGGACAUGUUGCCGUGCAAGAUGGCGCUGAAACAGGUGUUGCAACAGCGUGAGCAAGCGGCGGCGGCAGCCUCAGCCCAACGCCAAGGCAACAACGAGGUGCUGACGACGGACUCCGAGCCGAAGCCGGUGCCGAUCUUCUGUAACGCUGAGCUUGUUCCGUUCAGACUUACCCCCAACAUCCAGAAGCUUAUUGGUGAAACCCUGUUAGAAGGGGUGUUGGCGGUGUACGUGUUGUGUAUUGCUCGCGCCUUAGCCGAGCCAGACCUGGACUUGGAAAACUACGUCACUCUCUUUGUGCGUGAUGAGGUGAUCUCGUGGUGGAACCAGACGCUGAACCAAGAUACUAAGCAAGAGCCGAUGCCGCUGGGCAAACAAUUCCGCAAUUUGGUUAAGGUGAACGUCGACUACAUCCUCAAGCGGGUGUUCCUGAUGGUGCACGUCCAACCGGGGGCCACCGUGGCCACGCAAAACGUGUUGGAGCUCAUCAGCCAAGCGGUGAACCCGAGAAACUUAGCCGCCGCUGAUACGUUGUGGAUGGCAUACUUUUAA